CUUUAACGUGUUAUCGCCCCAUAGCACCUCUGAGUUAUAGCAUAUAAUGUGCAAAGAUUGUUUGAAUCGUGGAAAGUGAUAACUUUUUCGGGAUACUGUGUGUCGGAUGAUUAUAGAAUCCAUUUUUGUGUCAACGGCUUGAACAGGAAUGGAAACAGAAACGGAAAAGUCGCGUUCUACGGUACUGAACCGUGUACAAACGGGCUUGAGCGCUUCCAGUUCCGGGACAUGUGCUGCUCCCAACCCUCCUGGUGAUUCGACCACGCAAGAGAAGGCCAAUGCCCCAAAAGAAUUCGAAAUAGAAUUCGGCCAUGGAGUAUCCGAGGAGGAUAAAGCCUUAUCCCGACGGCAUCGAAACGCGGUUGAGUUUGCUUUCGACUACAGCAAGCUGUGGUGCAAAUCGUGUAAGGAUAUUGUCCUGGGUUUAGAAAAAAGGGCAUACGCAGAAAAUGAAGCGGUUAGAUCAAUUGCAAAACAGUUUUUGGCUCUCGAAGCAAGUGUUUCCGCAGUGAUGGUAGAACACAGCAAGGAUGUAGAACUGCACAACACAAAACGAUGUCGGGAGCUUUUAGAAGUCCUAACUCGCCAACGCACGAAUUUCGAACGAACAAGGAAAUAUCUAAAAGACAAAUGGAAGACGGAUUUUAAACGUUUAGUGGAUGCAGAGAACAGUUUAUUUAAAACCAAAGCUGCUUACUACCAACGAUGCCAGACCGGAGUGAAACUGCGCGAAGAGUUGGCGGCUGCGCAGAUUAUGUAUGACGAAAUCAGCACAUUGUCCGCGACCAGCGCCACCGCUGCUUCAAAUACAUCUGCUGCUCAGAAUGCCACGGGAGUUGCUUCGUCCAACCCUGCCUCAAGUUCCAAUUCCAACACACAAACUGCGGGUAGCGCGCCCAAUCUGGCUCCGGACAGUGAGAUGCCAAUCACUGCUGAUGUCAGCUCGAGUUCAGGAGCAGGUGGGUCAACUUCCACGCAGCUGGCCAAACAGCGGGCUAAAGUUGAACGCCUGGAAAAACAGCUCAGUGACAACGAUAAGAAGGAAAUUGAGCUAAUGUACGCGUACAGAGAGGCCGUCGACGUGGCGAACAACCGGUUGUAUGACUUGGAAAAGAGCAAAAUGGAAAUUCUAUGUGACACCCGACUGACCAUUCUGAAGAGCGAUGAGGUGGUAAAAGAUUCAUUGGCAGAAUUAUUCAAUCACCUUUACACGACGAGAAUCGCCAUGGUGAAACAGUAUGAAACAAUUGCUGCUGCAUUUCAAGAAUACGUCCCGUGUAGCGAUUAUCGAGCCUUGGUUGCCGAGCAGAUUCAAAAAGGAGUGGACUCGUAUCCAGAAAAAUAUCAAUUUGCGGGAUUUCAUGAGGCUACGGCUUCGGGAUUGAAAUUGGAAUCCACAUCCGGUCGAAUAGGUGGGCGAAUUUCGGCAUCGUCACGGGAGGCCAGCGAUGGGGAUCCGUUAUCGGGAAUCCACUCUGAUUCGGACUCUGAGACCGAACAACCUGCGGACAGUAGCGCGCCUCCAGGAACCAAACCGACGGGGAUUGUUUCAACUGGUAGCAACGUCCUUUCCUCCAUUGUUGAGUUUGGCUCAAGUCUCUUCCGUCCGGAUUCAAAAAAGUCCAUACGGGGUAAACGGAGUCAGCCGUCCGCCCCAACCUCACAAGCCGGCGUCGUACCAGGCUCAGCUACCACAGAAUCACUGGACAAUUUGGCAAACCAAGCGAACAACUUGGAAAAAGAGUACAAUGCAGCCUGUAUCCCGCUGGCUCGAUGUAUUGCAGCUAUUGAAAAGCAACCAGGAGGGCUUGAAACACAUGGAAUUUAUCGGAUACCCGCAUCCAAAGCAAAAGUUGCAAGCUUGUUGGAAAUGAUACAGACCAGUCAUCCGUCGACGCCAGGACAGCUAGCUGAUGACAUUGCUGUACUCAGUCAGGAGAAUCCAUUAACUUUGGCCGGGCUGAUAAAAACGCGCCUCAUUGCGCUACCAGAACCACUUCUCACAUACAACCUCUAUCCUAAUUUUGUGGAGCUUGGAAAAGUAUUUGACACGGCAGACGAAAAAGGAGUGAAAGAACUGGUCAAACGACUGCAGCUUCUCAUCACACACUUGACUCCUGGCAACAGACGGUUGGCUGGUCUACUAUUUCAUCAUCUGAAUAGGGUGGCUGCCUCUCAAGCGGAAAACCAGAUGAGUUCAGCCAAUCUGGGUACCAUGUUCGCACCAACAGUACUGCGUCAAAGACCCAAGUUUCAAGUGGCCAAUAUGAUGGAGUUUGUUGAUAAUCGAGGACAAACUCGCGUGGUUGAAGUACUGGUUGACCGGGUGACCGAUAUCUUUGGCCCCGCGUCUGAAUACGAUCCGCGAAAGAUAAUCCUUCUCUUAGCCAAUCCAGAAGAGGCUGACAACGACGACGGAAGAACUGGCCCAUUUGUCAUGGGCAAAACCGACGCCUUACAGAAGCCCAUCAGUCCUCAUUCGCAGGCUAUCCGCACCCAAUCGACCAAUCCAUCAAGCGGCGAACAAUUACGGGUAUCUAUGCAGGGAACUGUUGGACAGCCGAACCUUAUGCGGUCCGCCACUAUCUCAGCAGCUUCUCCCGGUCGCUCUUCGGCAUUAAUAGGAAACCCCCUGCCACUGUACACUCCUUAUCGUGGAACUGCAGCUCCGACGCAGCUUUUGGCAAAAGAACAAGAAGUGACGAAGUUCAAUGACGGCGAAACAAAUUCUUCGAAGGUGGUAGUGGCGUCAGAGGCUACUGAGAUAGAAACCCAUCAUCCAACCGGACACACAUCUGCCGUUCCUUCAGCUACUCAGUCAAUCACCACGGAAAACGCAGCCGAAGCAACUACGUCGCCUUCGAAUUCCGUGGUCAGGAAUCUGAAGAAAUUAGUCCCUCAACCUUCCACAGCCUCCAAACGGACGUUUGGUGUCUCCAGUAUCCAACUAAAUCUGUCCACUACGUUUAGUAAACACACAGGAGGUGAGAAAACGACCUUGGCGUCUACCUGCGGAGCGCCGUCUUCAUUGUCAGGUUUAGUUAUCGGACGGAGACGAACCGGAACUACUAAGACAUCCGAUACAGCUGACAGGUCUGACAAUAAAGGGCAAACCGACCUUGACGAUUACACUUACAUUGAUACAGACUCGCCAGAUAUUACAUCGCCCUGAGUCUUUUGGAUGGCUUCCGGAGAGAUGAUAUCUCAUAAUCAAUCUUGCAUUCAAACGGGAUUUGUACCUUGUCUCAUUCAGUACAAUUUACCAAUGUUGAAACAGACCAACUGAACCUUGGUGUUUCAACAUAUCCGAAACUUUCAUACGCCGUUUCCACCCUCGAUCCUGUGCAAUAAAAUAUCCCUCUGUUAUUCAGUGAUUCUUGUCUGCUUCGUGUUGGUAGACUGAAAGAUUUCAUGUUCACCUCUUAUUUAUCUAAUAGUAUAUUGGAUACAGAACCAAGAGAGCUUGUCUAAUCUUAUUGAACUCCAAUCACACAACAAAAGACGUAUUCUUCCAGUUCUUCCUUCCGCCUCCGACCUAUUGCAAGUCGGAACACCUGUUAUGUGUCAGCUUAAUUAAACCACCGCUCAUUUUGCAUGUUUCGACCAACCAUGUUCCGAUGACCAACUCAUUCCGUUAGUCCUGAUUAGUGACAUUUUGAAUGUGACUGGAAGCCUUCUCGUACUCCGUUCAAGCUGUCCCCAUCCUGAACUCAUUCAAAUGGUUGUAUAAAUUUGGUCUUUUUUUUGCUUAACAUUUUCCGUACCGAUUUUCGGGUGCAUGUGACCCAUGUGGCACCGUCAGCACACCAACACCCCUAUGAUUCCCCCCAGAUAUGUUUUCACCUUCAGGCUCAUCUAUUAUUACCAGAUAACUGUUUCAACUUGUUCUUGGUCGUCCAUUUUCUAAAAAGUGUGAUUGGGUAAUUCGUCACAUUGCACUCAUGUUGGGAGCGAAACAGCGGUUGUUUUUUGG